CCAUAUAUAUUUAUAUAACACCCACUAGUAGUGCAACCGUGAUUAGGUUGACUCCUGAACACGCGAGAGUGGAUCUCGGAACCUUUCUGUUGGGGAUCUUUUAGCGGAGGGACCGGAAAAGAGGUGGAACCUUUCUGUCGCGAUGUGGGUGGCCCGCAAGCUGCGCUCCUGCGGGAGCCGUUCUUUGGAAGUGCUUACGCCUAGGAGCCGGGGUACACGAGCUGACUGUGCUCGCUUCGCCACCACCGCGGUUUACUUAGAGAAUCAGCUCCGUUGGACUCUACAAAUUAAACCGUGGGUUUUCAGUAGAUAUAGAAUCAUGCGGCUCAUAUCCUAUAGAAGGACUUUUGCCUCCUUGGAUACAAUGAAAAGUUACAGAUACCCUUGGACAAGACUGUACAGUACUUCUCAAACCACUGUAGACAGCAAUGAGGUAAAAAACUUCCUGGCCCUGGCUCACAAGUGGUGGGAUGAGCAAGGAGUAUAUGCACCUCUUCAUUCUAUGAACGACCUAAGGGUGCCAUUUAUUAGAGACAGUCUUUUAAAAACAAUUGCUAAUCACCAGCCAGGAAAACCUUUGUCUGGGAUGAAGAUUCUUGAUGUUGGCUGUGGUGGUGGAUUGUUAACUGAACCUUUAGGGCGGCUGGGGGCCUCGGUGAUUGGAAUUGACCCUGUGGAUGAGAACAUUAAGGCAGCACAGCGCCAUAAGUCAUUCGACCCAGUCCUGGCUCAGAGGGUGGAGUACAGAGCGUGUUCCCUGGAAGAGAUCGUGGGAGAGACUGCAGAGACGUUUGAUGCUGUCGUAGCUUCUGAAGUCGUAGAACACGUGGUGGACCUGGAAACGUUCAUACAGUGCUGCUGUCAAGUGCUGAAACCCGGUGGUUCUUUAUUUAUUACUACAAUCAACAAAACACAGCUAUCCUAUGCCUUGGGAAUUGUUUUUUCAGAGCAAAUCGCAGGUAUUGUACCAAAAGGUACUCAUACCUGGGAGAAGUUUGUUUCACCUGAAAAGCUAGAGAGCAUUCUGGAAUCAAAUGGUCUGUCAGUUCAGACUGUGGCGGGAAUGAUCUACAACCCCUUCUCAGGUUAUUGGCAUUGGAGUGAAAAUACCAGCCUUAACUACGCAGCCCAUGCUGUGAAGCAGGAGCCCCUGGUGCCUGCUGAGUUUGUUUUAAAGGGGGACACAGAAGAGCUCCAAGCUCAAGCCUCUACCGACCCAGCUGUGCACGACCAGCUGAAGAAAUGAAUGUUUCUAAGGACUGUGGGAAUAUGGCUUGGAAGCCUGAUGUUUUGUAAAUACAGAAAAUAUACAAUUUAAUUUUUGAGAGAGGAUCAUGAAGAAAAGAAAGUCAGUUUUUAAACAGGGCUAAAAACCUUGAAUAAAAGUUGUUGUUUCAUCUACUAGCUACUUUCAAGGGAUUAUUCUAUGGAUAAAAAGUUUUGUUCAGGUUUUGUGUGAUUUAGGUGUUUAGAUUGUUCAGCCUUUGUUAUAUAAAUAGGGUAUGCAUAUGUCACUCCAUAUUACUGAUUAUAUAUAUAUAUAUUUUUUUUCCUAGCAUGUAUGCACAUACAUAUGUGCUAUAAUGUGUUUAAUUUAAAGGAAUCUGUAUUAUCUGUGUUCUCUAUUUGGUUUUAGUUAAAGACAGUUAUGCUUCAGACUGAUGAAAACCAAGCUAAUUUUAUACUACUUAUAUUUGGGUAGAUAAAAUAUAUUUUUUCCUUUAAAUUUUAAUUUGUUGGGAAGCAAGUGGAUUGUUAAGUAUGCGCUGGAUUUGGAUUUAACAGUAAAAUCCAGAAGUUCAGAUCACACUGA